AUGGCGCCGAUAGAAACUAGUGGCCCACAGGCAGCCGACAAGCAGUCGGCCACCAACCUCUUCGCAGGUACAGAAGGCAUCUAUCUCCUUCCUCACCACGUCAAGGAGAUAGAGCGACUGCGAACACAACACGAUUUCAUACUCUCAUCCACAGGCGGCGUUUUACUGACCGCACCAUUGGACCGGCCCAAGAUCAAAGUGCUUGACUCUGGCGCCGCAGACGGUACCUGGCUCUUGGAUCUCCCUCGAUUGUAUCCGGCUCAUGAGUGGUCCCUACAUGGCGUCGACAUCGGAUCAGCCCUGUUCCCACCCAAGGCCGGGCCAUACGCCUCCCUUGACCUCCGCCAAUUCGACAUCCGAUCUCCCACCCCACCGGAUCCGACAUGGGUGAACACCUUUGACCUUAUCCAUCAGCGGCUCCUGAUCUGGGGACUGAGGGGUCCCGAGUGGCCCGGCGUGCUCAGGAACCACCACUCGCUACUGAAGCCUGGAGGUUGGAUCCAGCUGGUCGAGGGCCAAUGGGUUGACAGAGAUCAUCCCUUCGACGCACCAAGAUACCCCAACCUAGCCAAGAUGUCGCAGAUGCAGAAAUGGAGCACCUCCAACUUUGGAAUGGACAUCGAGAUCGCGUACCGCCUCGAGGAUUUGCUGCGCGAGGCCGGAUUCCAAGGGGUGGCGAAGACCCAGCUUAGCCUGAGUUACGGGGCCAAGGCGAGGGAGGAACAAUGGAAGCAGAGGUCCGCAGACAUGUGGGUUGACAAGUUCAGGGGACUGGGAUCUAAACUGCCAGAGGGUGGCAUCCCGGGCGUUGCGAGGAACGUGGAGGAGUUUUACGCGUUUUUGGAUGAGCUGCACUCUGAGGUGCUUGAGUACGGGUACCAGCCGACUCUCAACUUUGUAAUUGGGCAGAAGCCUGCAUAG